AGCCCUUCCCCGCGCGCUCAUACUGGGGAGCUCGCUUGGUGCAGGGACGGUGAGCUCCGGCGAGCUCCUCCUCCGGCUCUAGCUCCCCCCUCCCUGCACUGGGAGCUUUGCAGCGGACUUUCCAGAGUCCACCCCCCGCAAUACGGCCUGUCCGCGUCUGCUCCGACAUGAGGCUGUGGGUCCUGCUGAGCCUCCUGCUGCUGCACGAAACGCUGCAAAAUGUUACCGGACAACCUGCAAAGAGUAAGCGUCCAAAGGAACCAGGAGAAAACAAAAUUAAACCUGCCAACAAAAAAAUGAAGCCCAAACUCCCUAAAUUAAAGGAGAGAGAAUCCAGUGACUCAUCCACAAAAUCCCAAUCCAUAAUGAUCCAAGUGAUGGAUAAAGGCCGCUUCCAGAAACCUGCUGCCACUUUGAGUCUGCCUGCAGGGCAGAACAUAGAACUACGAUGUAAAGGGAAUAAAAUUGGGUGGAGUUAUCCUUCAUACCUAGAUACCUUUAAAGACUCCAGGCUCAGCAUUAAGCAGCUUGACAGAUAUGGUCAGCUGAUCCUUGCAAAUUCUACUGCAGCAGACACUGGUGAAUAUAGCUGCUGGCUUCUUCUGUGUAAUGGCUCUAGCUGCAAGAAGGAUGAGUCUAAAACAGGCUCAACAUACAUCUUUUUCACAGAUAAAGGGGAGCUCUUUGUACCUACUUCCAGUUAUUUCGAGAUUGUCUACCUGAACCCAGAUAAACCAGCAGUAAUCCCUUGCAGAGUGACCAUCCCAUCAGCAAAAGUAACUCUGCACAGGGAGUUUCCAGCAGAAGAAAUCAAAACAGAUGGAACUAAUAUUAUCUAUGAUGUGAAGAAGGGUUUUAUUUAUCAACACCCCACCUCUGACCACAAAGGAGUGGUCUAUUGUAGAGCAGAAUCACGGGGAGCACCUCAGAUUUCUAUCAAGUAUCAGUUACUGUAUGUGGAAGUUCCUAGUGGUCCACCAUCAACAACAAUUGUGGCAUCAUCCAACAAAGCAGAAGGUGGUGACAAUGUUAAUGUUCUUUGUAUAGUCCUUGGGGAGCCAGACGUAGAAGUAGAAUUCAAUUGGAAGUACCCAGGGGAAGAGUAUGAAAGGCCUGUGAUUAUCCAAGAUUCUUGGAGGCUGAUCAACAGAGGAAUUGGGCAUACCACAAGAAUCUCCAAGAGUGUUAUUGCCAUUGAAGAUUUCGAAACCAUUGAUGCUGGCAACUAUAUUUGUACAGCUCAGAACCUACGAGGACAAACCACAGUAGCCACCCGUGUUGACCUGACCUGAUAUGUGGAGUCUGUGGACACAGAAUGAACAAACAGUAUGUUAUUGGACACAUUAACCCUUUAGUUUCUUUUUAUUAAUUCUGAGAUGGAGGUUUCUGUUAAUAUCUCUCUCCUCAUGUCCUUACAUUCCACUUCCAUUACAGAGCAGUGGUCCAGAGCAGAGAUCCUAAUGCUUACCAAUACUCAGGAGAAUUGGAUUGAAACCAUAUAUUAAACCUUUGUAGCCUGAUUAUGCAUGUGGCUCCCAAGUGCUCCUAAUACAGUGAUAACUCUUUGUCAGGGAGAGUCUAUAUACAAAUAACUUUUAUGUUAGGUAAAUAUAACUACCUGUAAAAAUGUUGCUUGUGCGUUAUUUUCAUGAAUGCUGAGAGGAGGAUAUAACUACUUUUUAAGUAGACCCACCAGCAUAGAUAUAUUUUCUUCUUUGUCGUGGUGGUGAUUUUAACAUUUUAACACAUUGUACAUGCAAAAAAUAUUAAAACUUAGUCAUGAUUCACUUGUUAUAGAAAAUUAGUCAACAGCGAUUACUCUUCUCUGGUUUAGUAGACGUGGAUUAAAUUUCUUUACUGAAUAGUGACAAAAUUGUAUAAGUGUGUGGUUUUACUGUUUACUCUCAUACCUGAGAGAUGGUUUGGAUUGAGUACAUACUAACUUUAAAUUGUGGUAGCACUGAACAUUUUUUAAAGGGAGGUACCUUAAAAAAAUUAUAAUUAAAAGGUAAAAUAUUUUGCA